CCGCGUUUAAUUUUUAAGAUAUAAAAAAUCUUCCCGAAUGUUUUUCCCGAAUUUUUAGAGCGCCCCUCCGAUGACCUUGAUGACGUCUCUUAUCCGUGUCGAAAUGUCGCGGUUUGUAUUCAGUUGCUAAAGUUUUUAGACCGAAUUAAUUAAUAUGAUUAAGUUUAUAAGAGGUGAACCCAACCCAGAUCUGCUGCCCCCCAGGUUUCGAGACGAGGGGGCCCAAUGUGUCACGUUUCCUGAAAAUAGCUGCGCUAUCCUUAAAGCGGAAUUAUACGAUAUUGGACGAAACACCGAAAUUUCAUGGUCAAAAGAUGGCGCCCCGAUCGCACCCGACCGUCGAAGACGACUUCAAGUCACCGGCAACACUGUCCAGCUCGCUCUGGACAAUGUCCAGAGGACAGAUGCUGGAAUAUACAGAGUAAACGCCUCCUCACCCACUGGGACAUCAUCGCGUGAUCUCGAGCUUAGAGUGAGCCAGGGAUCAGAAGUGGAAGAUGAGCCUCCGGCAUUUCUCAGGAGACUACACGACCUCUCUGUUAAAGUUGGUACGAGGACGAGGUUUCUGGUUGAGAUUAGGAGUAGUUCUGAUGUAACGAUAAAAUGGCUGAAAAACGACCAAUUGGUCAAAGAAACCGAUAGAUACCGGUUGAUCAACGAAGGAGGCUUUCACUGCAUCGAUAUUGCUCCAGUCACCACCGAAGACUCAGGAAGAUGGCUCUGUGAGGCUCGAAACGUCAUGGGGGCAUCAACUUCUGGCUGCCACCUGAACGUUCUUGUCCCCAAAACAUACAAGUCACCUGAAUUCAUCGAAGACUUAAAAGCGAUAUUAACCAAUCAAGGGACCGUUGCUUUGGAGUGUAAAGUGGUGGGUGUCCCUACGCCACUCUUAAGAUGGUUUAAAGAUGGUAGAGAAAUUAGACCAGGUGACGUGUUUGCACUCACAGCGGACCCGAACGACGACCCAACUUCUUUGGGAACUUACCUUUGCGAGGCGACGAAUUGUAUGGGAACAGCCAUAUCCAGUUCUAGGGUCCAUGUGGUCGAACACUCCGGAGCGAGGAGCUUUGAAAGUCCGAUACCAGUUGGACCCCCACCGAUCUUCAAACGAGACUUGACAAACGAAGAAAUUAAAAUUGGCGAUCCGUUAACGUUAUCCUGCCAAGUAUCUGUACCACCAUGGCCCAAAUCCAUCUUGUGGUACAAUUCCCAAGGUAAAAUCGAUGACCAAUUGCCAAAUGGCAGGUACAAAUGUUUGGCAGAUGGCUUAGGAGGAUACAUAUUAGAGGUGCGCCCUACGGAAGCCGAAGACCAAGGUGAAUGGAAGGUCGUGGCUACCAGCGAAGAUGGGGCCAUUUCUAUUUCCACUUGUGAUAUUAAUAUGAUAAUUCCAAAACACUUCAAGAAACCAAGAUUCUUGGACACAUUAAAAGCAGUAUUAACAGAAGAAGGACUGGUGUCCUUUGAGUGUAAAGUGGUUGGUUCGCCCACUCCACUUCUAAGAUGGUUUAAGGAUGGACAAGAACUUAAGCCUGGAGAUGUAUAUCAACUUACAGGAACUAAUUCUUUAGGGUCUUACUGCUGUAUAGCCAAAAACUGCAUGGGGGAGGCACGAAGUUCAGCAGAACUGACUGUGGAAGACAUCGAGAGUCAGCUUAAUGAUGAGGAAAGAGCUCAGUUGAUUUCAGCGAGUCAAGCACCCAAGUUCCUUCUUGGACUUAAGAGUGGAGAAGCUAAAAUCAAUGAGUCUUUUAGGUUUACUGUGCAUGUUAGUGCAACUACACCAGUACCAACCCUCUCUUGGUACAGGGACGACCAACAUAUUGACACAGAUCCAGAUAAAUAUAUCGUAGUAAGAGAACACCUUGGACUUUGCCACCUGGAUAUCAGGCAACUGGAGUUCAAUGACCAAGCAGAAUGGAAGUGCGUGGCCACCAACGAGUUUGGCCACUCUGUCACUUCCUGCUUCCUAAGACUGAUCAUACCCAAGCAUUUCAAGAAACCCAAAUUUCUGGAGUGUCUUAGAGCAGUACUUUCUGAGGAAGGAGCUGUCAACUUGGAAUGUAAAGUAAUCGGAAUACCGCAGCCAGUACUAAAAUGGUAUAAAGACGGUGUCGAGUUGAAACCUGGAGAUAUCCAUAGAAUCACCUCUGGUGAAGAUGGAACUUGCUCUUUGGGCACUUACACUUGCGAAGCUAGCAAUUGUAUGGGUACCGUAGCUAGCUCAGCCUCGUUGCUAGGCUUCGAAGACCAAAAGGCCAGGCAACAAGAAAGGUUAGAGCUGGCCAGACAGCCAUCCUUGUCUACGAUUCAUGAAGAACGUACGUCGCAAAUGUAUGAUACUGCUGGUGAUCAGUCGUUGACCAUCGGCACUGGAGAAGUCUCCUUUUCGUUUGAUGGCAAAGAAGUUUCUGUUUCUUUGUAUGAAACUCCCGAUCUUACUGAGGAGGAGGCGUUGCAGAUUGUUGAGAUGUAUGCGGAGCAACUGUCAGAACAUGUCUCUGAACACAACAUUGUUGAGCUGCCCCCGUUGAGAUUCAUUAAGGAGUCUUCCACUUCUGGCAACCUUUUAAUGGAAGCAGUAGUGGUUGACGUUUCUGAUGAAUACUUCGUCACAGCAGAUGAAGACUUACGAACUGAAGCAGAUGUGGAAGAAAUAUAUUCCAUUACUGAAGCUGGCCAACCACUAUCAUCAGUCACCUCAGAAAAACUGAAAAUUGACUUAACAUCAAGCAGCGGGGAUGGCCCGAAAAGACCACCGAGAAAAGGUGAUUCUCAAAAGAGCAACAGCUACUACAGCCUCUCCAAGAAUAUCUCCUUAGACUCCAAUAAUGAAAGCUUAGCAGGUGCUGCAGAGCUGGACAGCGAGAGUUAUGGAGACUUCGAGAGUGCUAUGAGCUCCGACAGAACUCGUCCAGAAGAAGACAGGGCAUUUCAAGUGGCUGCUAUAACAGAAACCACCAGCCUUCCAGACGAAGAAGCUUUGCAAGACGAAGCAAGACGCCCAUUAACUCCAAGAACAACUCAUGAAAUUGGAUCAGAUUUGAGAGUGAACAUUAGCGAGAGCCAAGAAAUCAAACGACGCAAAAGACGAUCAUCUCAAAGUUCAGACGAGAUGUCUAAAGAUGGAUUUAGACGAGGCACAAUAAGACCAACGGUCAGUCUGGAUUCUCCUGAUGUUCAUAGAGACAUCCUUGGAGAACGUGAAGACGGCUUGGUGAUUGAUUUGGCAAAACGUGAAGAGAAAGAGAUGGAACUGAAAACCCAAGAAUGUAAAGUCAUCGAGGAGUUAAGGGAAACUUUAAAGAACUUGGAGAGUAAGUUGUGUGGUGUUGAAGAAGAGGUUUUAGAAAAGUCUGCUCUUAAAUCAACUUCUGCUGCUGCUGAUCGUAGCUUGGAAGUAUUAAAGAGUAUUUGCCAACCAAUUAAGGAUUUGCAAACGGUUUUUGAGAGUUUAGAGCAAAAAGAAGGGGUUGAGUUGAGCAAAGAGAUUUCUAUAGUGGAGCUGCUGGCUCCUCCAAUAUUUGACUUGCAAAAGAGUUUGGGGGUAGUGGAAAAAUGUGUGGCAAUGAAAGGGCGGGAGCAUACGUUGAUCCAGCGAACCUGCAACAGUAUUUUGGAGAAGACGGCCGAAGAACUUAUAAAAGGAUUGAGUGAUGUUGAAAAAGUUGCUUUGAUUGAAAAAGAACUGGAUAGGACUAAGGCGUCAGGGCGCAUCACUCCAUCAAAAAUAAUUCAAGAAGUGUGCAUCACUUUAAAGGAAAUCAAAAGCGAAUUAAAAAAAUCCGAAAUGAUUCUGAUAGAAGGCCACCAAGCUAUAAAACAGGAGACCUUAAGCAGCUCUGAUCCCUCUUCCUUAGCUCAAGAUGCUGACAUCAUUUCCAAAUUUAUGAUUCCAACUUUGCAAAUUAAAGAAAAUCUUGAGAGUCUAGAACGUACCAUAGCUUACGAAGAUCCUGAUCAGAUGUAUACCCACCUCAGCGAAGCCAUUUUGGAAAAAUUAGCUGAACCGAUCAAACUAUUGAUAAAAGAGAAGAAAGUUACUGAGAAACAGGCAAUGAGAUACGCGGGGGAAAAAUCAAUGUCGCAAGAACUAAGAUUGGCGGUCUUGGAUAAAUUAACCACCCCAGUGAGUGAGAUAACACGAGGCCUUAACGUCAUAAAAAAUCAGGAACCGGGAGAUCGUCACUCCGGGGUUAUUUGCAUGAACGUACUUGAAAGUUUUGCUGGAGCUAUUGAGGAUAUCAUCACAUCUUUAACCAGGCUGCGAGCUAACUUAGCAUCCUCAGAACCUACCAGCAUUGGCACCGAUAAGCCUGAAGAAAAAUCACAAGAAAUCUUCAAAGAUGUGUUUGAGCAAGUCAGUCAAAUUGUUUUCACAGAUACUUCGCAAGCAGUGGCUGAUUUGCUCUUUAACAUUGAGACUGCCGAAGGGAAUAUUAGGGAUACUGCUGUGUUGGAGGCGCUGAGACAGUUGGCUAGUUUACAGAAGGAUUUGGCCACCACGGUGAUAAAGGCUGGAGAAAACAAGACAGAAUCAGUAGUAUCAGUCCUCGAAAACCUCUCCCAACACAUAAAUCUCUUGAAUAACUUCGUCACUGACUUAACUCCAUCAAGCGACAUCAGUGUGCUGCGUGAUUGUGCUGUGGUUUUAGGAAUUAUGGAGGAAGGUAUUGUAGAAGAUACAGCCGCAAUGGAGCCAGGUGAAUUAAAGGAGUUAUAUAACAUUUUAAAAGAAAGAAUCGAAAGCGUCAGGGAGAAUAUUAUUGAACUAGAGCAGCAGUACCCUCAUGCUGAACAGCUAUUAUCAAGUGAUAAUGUGGUGGUUAUAUUGGAGGAAUCAUCUCUCACAGUGGUUCCAGAUGCUUUAUUAGAAGAUACCAAGAAAACAUUGACAGACUUGCAAAAGGUCGCAGUAGACCCCAGUGCCAGACUGAUUCUGGAACCGCUUCUACCCCACGCUUUAGCUCUCUACGAAAUUACUAACGACGAGCUGCUGAGAAGAAACAAAGAAGAAUUAACUGAAGAAGACAGGAUGAGGCUGCAACAUUGCGUGGUCCCAUUAGAGAUGAUUGAGGACCGUAUCAUAGAGGCUCUGGAUUUCGUUAUGUUGACUCCAGGAGUACCACAACGGACCGAACUGAAAAGCCUUUUGGAACAUUUGCAGUACAAUGUGGCCGUAAUGCAUCAGCAAGUGAUGGACGAAACGCAUCUCCUCAUGCAAACGGAGUCGGAACACGGUCUGGACAAUUUGAAGAGAACCAUAGUGUCCUUGCAGGAUAUGGCUGUGAUGUCUGAUGUGCCUCAGGAAGAAUUUUUAGGUAAACCGGAGAUUGGCAUGGCUGUAAAAGAACACGUGGCCGAGCUGGAAAAGUGUCUAGGCCUGCUGUAUGAAACUGCAAUGACACAAGGGAUGGAUCAAGUGCCACCAGAACUAUUCCAGGUAGCUUCAGAAGUAACCCAGUGCAUCGAUAAAUUAAAAACAACGCCUUUCUUUGAACUGCAUGAAGAUUCCAUCAUAACAAUUGAAGAUAUCGUUGAAAUUCGUAAAUUAUCAGCCCCUUUAAAGAAACUCGGUAAUACAAUCGAUCAUAUUCAAGAAGACGAUGAACUAAGACGUGACGCCUUUAUAUCCAUAAGGGAGCCUCUCAUCCAAAUUGCGGAAAUCCUGGAACACGUCCCGGAAGAUCUCAAAAUAAAGUUGUUCACUCUGCAUCAGCCUCUUCAAAACGCCAUCGAAAUCAUUAGCUUGGAGCAACUGAAUUUCGAUAUCACAAUGGAAGAUUUUGAGUGUUUGAAAGCUCUAGGGGAGCAAAUUGCUUUGCUUGUGCUAUGUUUUGCUAAUAAAAACGUCAAUAACUUUGAGCCAAUUGCUUUGGCCCUGGCCCAACGUAAUUCUCAUCUAAAGAAUGUCCUAAACAGCAUUGAAACCUUAAGUCUCAUGGAUAUAGUUUAUUCACUAAGGGAGUUUGCUGACUCGAUAGACCAGGCCACCAUACAGUUUCCAAAAAUUCAAGAAGUAGCAUCCACUUCACAUGAAGCAACUAUAACAGAAGAAGAAGUGUGUUUUAAAACUUUGGAACCUCUAAGGGAAACUGUUGAGAGUCUUGCACUAACUCCUGAUCUGCCUGAGCAACAAGUGAUGCUAACAGAACUUUCUGAAAUUCUAAAAGCCAUUGACCAAACAUCUUCUGAGCUAAAAGAGGAAAAUAUUGACGAAAUUGAUAAUGCUUUGGAAAGACUUAAUACUGCAGCUCAAGUGGUGAUCAUAAAUUAUCGUCCAGAGGCUGAGCAACUCACUAUUCCAGAAUUUCAAGCUGUUAUUAAUGAACUUGCUGUUACCAAUUGUGCCAAGCUGAUUCCACCUUUAAUUAUCCCAGUGCAACGAGCCACAACUACUUUAUUAAAAAUCUUGAUGGAGUUAAUUGAGAAGAAACAUGAGAUGAACCAGCAACUGCAAGAAUCUUUGGCAAAAAGUAUGGACGUUCUAAAACAAACCGUUGCUCUGGUUGAACAAUCAGAUUCAAUCUCAAAACCUAAUCUAGUAGAGGACCUUAAAAAAGUGAUGUUGGCGAUAGAAGUGAACGUGCCUAAAGAAGAACAUACUGAAGGACUAGAGGUGCUCAUAGAGAACGUUUCCACUGCAAUGGCAGAAGUGAUUUUAGAGCAAAAACCAUUGAAAAAGCAAAUGGUCUCCGCCUUGGAUAACUCAAACUUACCAGACGAUAUUGCUCAACCUAUAACAAAUAAAGUGAAAGCCAUACUUAAUGAAGUGACCAAAGGACGACGCAUUGAGAGACUUAAGAAAGUUAAAGCAUACGUAAUCGAGUUGGAACAUUCAGAUGUUCAAGUGCCACUGAUAAAAGACAUCAGUAAUCUUCUGGAUAAGGUCCAAAAAGCCAUUAUUGCUGAUGUUCCCGAACAUAUUGAAGAACUAGAUGCCGUCCUUGAUAGUGUAGAGGAACUGACUCAAUCGAUGUGCAAGAAGGACGAUUCAAAUAUAAAAGAGGAAAUGAAAAAGACCAAAGUUGUACUUGAAACUGUUGCAGAUAAAUUACCGGAAGUGCAAGCCUUAUCUGAAAGCAUUGCGGAGGCACUUGAACCAAAAAAGCAUUUUGUCGCUUCUACUGAGAAACUUUCUCAAUGCUUACAUGCUUUAACUGGUAUAAGUCAUCAAAUGGUUUCUCUGCUUGAGGAACUUAAAAAUAACGUUGAUAACCUUCGGUUGAAUACAAAUGAAGAGAAAAUUGCUUUGGAGGGUUAUUUUGAUAAUAUUCAUGAGAAUUUAGUUCAUGUUCUUGACACAACAGACGGAUCUUUAACUACUCCUCAAGACGUUAACAUUGCUGAAGUUCGACCUCUAUUAGCUUUGCUAAGUGCAUCCUUACAAGACUUUGCUGGUAGUAGAACAAAGAGUAUUAUCCUUAAAUCAUUUAAAGAUAUCUUGCAAGAAUUCAAAGUAUCAAAAGCUGUUAAAAGCAAGAAAUCCUUGGCUGAUGACUUAAACUUUACUGUGCCUGUAAUUGAAAUGGAUAUUGAUGAAGCAGUUUUAGAAAGUUUAACCCAUGAUCAAAUUCAAUAUAUUCAAGAAGCACAAGGGUUAAUUCUUCAAUUAAACCAAUUUGUUCAAGCAGAAUCGCCUUGCAACGAGUUUUUAACUAAAGUAAACCAAUUUCUUGAAACUAACACCAUAGACUCCAACCAACCACUUAUUCAACAUACUACACUGCUAAUUAACAAAACUUUGAAUGGGCUAAAGGAAAUCAAAAAGCAAGAGGUUGAACAAUAUAACAUCAAGCUUCAAAAUAUCCAGUUGGUCUCAGAUUCAGUGCAAAAUCUGGCUAAGAGCGUUGCUACCAUCAGGUUUAAAAAUGUUAAUAAAGAAAGGAUACUCACGUUGCAGAAAUCAUUGUAUCCUUUGCAGAUGGCCAUAAAUGACUUGAUAGAAACCAGUUUGAAUGAGAGUGAUUUUAAGUUCUUAGAAAACGUAUCAAAAAUUAUGGAAGAUAUCAAUUCAUUUAUUGCUUCCAAGCUAGUCACCAAAGAGUUUGGAGUUUCUGUUCCAAAAGAGCAAGUAGUUGUGUUCUUGGAUAUACUGAAUAGGGCAAUAAAAACUAUAGGAGGUGAAUCCCCUAUUAAAACCAUUACAGGGUUAUUAAGUACUUUGGUGGAAGAACUUCCUUCUUUGGCUGAAGAGCUCGAUCAAGGGCAUGCUGAAGAGCUAAAAACCAAUAUGGGAACAAUAUUAGUUCCAGAAGUAUUGGAAGCCCCAGCAGACUUGGAAGCUAUUAAGGCCAAUUUGGAUAAAUACUGUACUGGUUGUGCAGAGUACUUAAAUACCGAUGAAAGUAAUAUUUUAAGUCGUUCCAAAGAAAUAUUAGAGAAAGCAUCAAAGGCUUUUGCUUCAAGAGAACAGUUGGUCCUUGAACCAGAAAUAAAAUUAAUUGAAACUGCUUUAGAAGGCUCUCAGAGCCCUGUUGUUACUGUGUCGAGAAAUAUUUUGGAAAUUUGCCGGAGGGUUGCUCAAUAUUUGCAAAAGGAUCUUCCCGACAAAGAGGUUAAGCAGGAAUUAAAACUUAAAAGCAUUACUGAGGCAAAAAUUGAUACAGAAACAAUAGAAGUGAAGGAUGCCACUACAGAACCAAUUAUUUCAAGUCAAAGAGAGACAGAAUCUACCAAACCCGAAAGUGAUUUAAAAAGCAAAGAGGUGAUUAAGCCGAAUGUUCCUGCAGGUAAACCAGAAGUUGAUGCUGGUGAGAUACAAGAAGUUACUUCUGAGAAUGCAACAGUUGAAGUAAAAGAAGAAAGGGAUGUAACUGAAAAUUUAGCUUCUGCAGUACAAGAUCUAGAAAAACCACUUCAACUGGAUCAGCAAGUUAUUAAUGUUUCGGAAACAGUUAUUGAAACAACAGCAUCAGCCAGUGCUGAAGUGGGAGAUUCUAGUGAUGGAAAAAUAGCAACCGAUUUAGUUCAAAAAGUUGUUGCUGACACAACUUCUGAAAAGACGUCAUCAGCUAGUGCUGAAUUAGAUGAACCGCGUGAUGUAAUAACUAUAAUUGUUGAAGAUCAAAAAGUGUCUGAAGUUGCCGAAACGACUAUUAAAAGUACGUCCUCAGAAAAUAUUGAAGUAAAUAAAUCCAAAGAUGUACAGGCUUUGAGUACAGCAAUUGAGUCAGAUCAAAAAGUUGUUGAUAUUUCUGAAACAACUUUUGAAAGUAUAUUAUUAGACAAUACUGAAUUAGAUAAACCGAAAGAUGUAAAAGGUGCAACUGAUAAAGACCAACAAGUUAUUGAUGUUGGUGAAAAGAAUAUUCAAAGCAUAUCGCCAACCAGUGCUGAAUUGGAAAAAGUCAAAGAAACUGCAGAUGAUGCAGAAUUAAUAAUACCAGUCGAACCUAAAUCAGACAUUAUUAAAGAACCAAUGCCGACAACGUCUAAAGACACUUCACAAAUACAGGGACCGGACAAUAAAAGCCCGGAAAUGCCAAAAAUCUCAGACUUAAUUGAAAUUGAUAUAGAUAAACCUGAAACAGAAGAAAAAACACCAGAGCUACUCAAGACUGAAGCUGAACCAGCAAAACCAGAUGCUCCAGUUCUUACAUCUCUAAAAAGCUUGCAAUCAUCAAUAUCGAUAAUAGAAAAUCAACCUCUUUCUGAAGAAAAACGUGCUGCAGUACGUGAGCUUCAAAAAUCAGUUAAAAUCGACACAGAUAACUUGAAGGAAUCAUUAAAAUCCAUCAAUUUACCAGAUGUAAGUCCACAAGAGCAAAGCGCUUUAGUAGCAACUGAAGAAACCUUAUCAGAAAUUAACAGUUUAAUAACUGCCCAACAUCAGUCAGAGCAGGUAUCAAUUGAAACUGCUAAGAAAAUGAUUGAAGAGCUUCGACUAGCAGUCGUUGCUACCCCCAAAGACUCCAAACUAAGGGAAAGCAUUGAACCUCUUGAGCAAACCAUGAAAAAUGUCGUGAACCUCAUGGAAACCAUUUCUAUAGAGGGUGAUUUUAAGCAAAAACUAUCUACUUCAGUAAGAGUUAUACAGGAAACCAUUGCAAAGUUAAAGCAAAGCAAGUUGUCCAAAGCCAAACAAAACAAUUUGGCCACCAUCGAUAAUAAUUGCAAGAAACUGCUGGACGCAUUAGAAACUAUUAAAGUCCAAGUCGAUAUUGAACACAAAGUGGUAGAUCUCACCAACGAUUGUCUAGGAAUCAUCAAUGAAUACUUGGAAAUAUUUGCCAAAAGACCAUCCACGAGAGUUCCGAGUAAAAGCAUAUCAGAAAAGUCCCAAGAGUUUAAAGUGGCCAUCCAGAGUGUUCCACAAGAGUCAAACCUUACUCAACUGAGAGAUAUUUUGGAAAACGUAGUAGAAAACGUCUUAAACUUAUUAAAGCCUGAAAGCCCUCCUCCACCUGUACCAUGCAAAUCUUUGCAAUUCCUUCAGAACUCCUUAAGAAACCUACAGGAAUCCUUAUCAAUAUCUGAGCCAGCCUCUGAAAAUAAAUCCAGAAAGAUAAUAGUAGCAGAAAUUCAAAGGCCUGUGGCAACGUUACAGUUCAUUGCCAGCACCAUCUUAGAAGAGAAAAAAGACAAACUUGGUCCAGUUGAUAUAAACAUCUUAAAACACUCCAAUGAAACCGUAAAUAGUCUUUUAGCAAUCGUUGAAGAAAUUGAGUAUAAACCCACAAAGGAUCAGGUGGCCGUCCUAAAUGAAUCAAGAGAUAGUUUGAAAUCAUUGCUAGCUUCAAUCAAUCAAGAAUCUCAAAUAAAAGAUUUCAUUGAUCCUCUACAGGAUAUUCUAAAAACUGUGGAAAAAUCUCUGGAGAAGGCUGUGGUGAAUGACCAAGAAGACAGGGAAAGAAAGGAGCGUGUUCUCAAUGGCCUUAAGAAAUCUUUGCAAAAGUUAGAUAGCAAACUAGGACUGCAAACAGAAUCGCAAGCGAUUAUUAAGCAAGACCUUCAAAGACCUUUGCAAGCUAUCAUUGAAAGCAUAUCUCAAGAAUCCAGCAGGGAAAUCGUAUCAAAUCAGGAACUAAACAGUUUGCAAAAAUUGGCUGAUUCAGUGGAUGGUGUAUCAGAAAAUCUUAACGAUUCUCUAAGUGAAAAGCUUCAAGUAUUAAAUGAAAACCUAUCAGACAUAAUUUUAAUUAACGAACAUGCUAAAGACUUAAAAGCGCCAGAAGCUUUACCUACUUUAGCUGAAUCAAUAAAUGAUUCCUUGGAGGAGCUAAAUAAAGCAAUCGAAUUAACUCACUUAAUAGUUGAGAAACCUAAAGCUUUAGAAGAUAUUACACCUUUAAACGAGCUUAAUUCCUCACUAACAAACUUUUUAAGAUUUGUGGUGGCAGCCAAGCACAUCUCUGAAGGCAACAUGAAUUUAUUUGAGAAAUUCGUCACGCCGCUUGAAUAUUUACAAAUUUCCAUUCACUCAUGCCUCAACGCCAAACUGCUGGAUGAGGAAGUUGCUUUGCUCCGAGAUAUCAGCAAAUAUUUUGUAAAGUUAUCAAGCGCUUCUCAGGAUCUUCAUAACAUGAACAUAACAGAUUUUUCUGAAGACAUGGACUCUUUGCAAAAUAAACUCAUAACAGUUUGCAUGAAGGCAGUUUAUAUUGCUGAUAAAGAUAAAUCAGUUUUGCAAAAGCUACUGAGACCUUUGGAAAAUCUUUCUAAGGCCAUCGUGGUUCUUCAGAGGGAAUUAUGUAUGAGAACCACUUUGAAAACUACUUUAAAUCAGUUUUCUUUGGCAUGUAAUACUUUUGCUGAAGUCGAAGAGCUGAAGGGUAUGGUGGAAUCACUUCGGAAAGUCGCAAAAGUGUUUGAUGCUAAUAAAAGUCCAGAAAGCGUAGUCAAAGUAAUAGAUGAAGCUAGAGAAAGCUUAAGUGGUCUAAGAGAAUCUCUUCAAAGUAUUCAUUUAGGUGAACCUCUAAAAGUUGCUGUAAAAGAGCUUUUGGAAGUAGAGAGUCCCAAUGUUGGUCACUUAAGAAACAUGUUAAAUGGUUUGGAGGAAAUAAUGAACAGAACUCAGAAAUAUCAACAUGAUCAAAAAAUUCCAGUUAAAGAAAGCAUAAAUCUUAUAAAAACUAACUUAAAAACAGUUGAAAAUGCUAUAAUAGAAAACCAACCUGAGACAUCUAAAGCAGUCAUAACAGUACUGGAGCUACGUGAGCCCAUAAAAGAACUAGAAGAGGAACUUAGCCAACUACCAGACAUUGAAGAUGAAUCUCUUAAAGCCCUUCGAAAUGAAGCUCUCAAUGUAGUGCAAGUCUCUUUGGAAAAAAUUUCAAUUAUUAUCUUAACAGUUGAAUCCAGUUUGUACAUGCCCACAGUAACGCAAAUCGAAAAAGUCGAGCUGCAGAAAGCAGUUCAAGGAUUUAAACAAAUCAUCAAUUUGAUUGACAAGCAGCCUGAACUGAAAGCAACUAUAAAUAUUUUGAAACCCCUUGAGGCAUUAAGUGCUAAAGUGGAAGAAAUUGAAAAGGAACUAUCUGUUGAUCAAACAGAAUCUGAAGCUACUGACUCGACUGUUUUAAAAGACAACCAGAUAGAAACAUCCAAGUUGUGUGGUUUAAUUAAAGAUGUUUGCCUGGAAGGUUCUAGCAUGGACUUGCUCUUGGAGCUGCUAGAGCCUCUUGACUUCUUGCAAGACUGCCAGCAAAAUCUUCUAAACCUGGUUGCCAAUAAUCUGGUCAAAGAUUUACAUGACUGUGAUAAAAGUAGUUUGAAUCGAUUCACGGCAGAGUUGAAGAAUGUAUUUCAAAAAGUUGAUGAUCUUAGUUUAUCUGAUAGUAAAAAUCUUGUGGAAGUUGAAUUAGAGCUGGUACAAUUAAAACGAACAGUUGCAAAUAUUUUGGGUUCAAGCAGCCCAGAAAUUUUAGAUUACAUUCAAGAACCUUUAAAGUUGCUGAUUUUAAAGAUAGAUUAUGUAUAUGGAAAGAUUCAUAGGAAAGAUCCCAGAGAACCCAUCCAAAUGCUAUCACAGGAACUUAAUAUCCUUAAAAAGACUUUUGAAGACUUGCAGUUGAUGCCACAAAAAAGUAUGAUUUCUAUAAUGGAUCUCAGCAAAGCUGCAGAAGACCUAAAUGAUUCAUUUGACCCUGCCUCACUUCAACAAAAUGUUUCAACUGAAAUAAUAUCUGAAAUAGCUCAUCCUUUAGAAGAGCUUAGUCUUGUAGUAAGACAAAUAUCCUCUGAAGCUCAGAAGCCAGAUGUUUUAGAAAUUAAUCAACCUGAACUGAAGCAGGCUGUCUUGGGUUUAAAAAAUGUUAUCCAGAAAGUUACUCAAACUUCCCUUAAAAAUACUCCAUCAGAGAGAGUGUUGAUAUCGUUACAGACGAUGACAGCAAGCCUGAGUCAAGUUGAGUCUGAUUUAAGUGAAUUCAGCUUGAAAACAAGCACAAAAGUUUUGAGGGAGCCGAUGCAGAUGAUAUCGCAAGAAGUCAAGACUUUGAGACAUAAAAUUAAUGAACUACAAAUGUCUCCACAGCAAGGAAUUAUGUCUAUAAUUCAAGUAGCUGAAGCUAUUGCUGAUCUUGAUACCUCCUUGCAAGAGGUUUCAGAGGAAGUUUCCAAAGAAAUUUUAGAAAAAGAAGAGAGGAUGACGUCAGAACUGAAGGAACCUUUAGAAAAGUUUGCUUUUCUUUUAAGACAGAUCUCUAAUGAAUUAACUAUUCCUGAAACUACAAAGUUAAAAGCACCUGUUGUCCAGAAUGCUGUCAUGGCUCUAAAGGAAGCUGUUGAAAAAGUGGCACAGCCACCAAUUGCUGGUACUCCAUUGGAGAUGGUGGACCUUUCUUUGCAAACUUUGACAGCAACUUUAAGUAAAGCGGAAUCAGAACUCGGUGCAAUAAGUGAAGUCACUAGCAUCAAAAAAUCUGUUGAAUUGUUAAAAGAGUCCAUAAAAAUAGUAUCACAAGAAGGGAGAGCUUUGAAGCAAAAAAUUGACGAGCUGAAGCUCUCUCCGCAACAAGGAAUUAUAUCUAUGAUCCAAGCAGCUGAAGCUGUUGCUGACCUCAAUGAUUCUUUAGAAAAUAUUUCCGAUGACGUAUCCAAAGAGACUUUAGAUAAGGAAAUAAAAAUUGCAUUAGAACUGAAGGAACCUUUGGAAAAGUUUACGCUUCUCUUAAGACAGAUCUCCAAUGAAUUGACUCAUCCUGAAACUAUGGAGUUGAAAGCACCUGUAGCCCAGAAUGCUGUCAUGGCUUUAAGACAAGCAAUUAAAAAAGUGGCACAACCACCAGUUGCUGGAACUCCGUUGGAGAUGGUGAAUAUUUCUUUGCAGGCUUUGACCGCUACGUUAGGUGAAGUGGAAUCGGAACUGGGUACAAUAAUUGAAGUCACUAACAUACAAAAAUCAGUUGAUAUGUUAAGAGAGCCUAUGAAGACAGUAAUCCAAGAAGGCAAUGCUUUGAAGCACAAAAUUGAAGAGCUUAAGCUCUCUCCGCAACAAGGAAUUAUGUCUGUCAUUCAAACGGCUGAAGCUGUUGCUGACCUCAAUGCUUCCUUAGAAAAUAUUUCCGAUGAAGUGUCCAAAGAGACUUUAGAUAAAGAAAUAAAGAUUGCGUCAGAACUGAAGGAACCCUUGGAAAAGUUUGCUCUUCUUUUAAGACAGAUCUCCAGUGAAUUAACUAUUCCUGAAACUAUGGAGUUAAAGGCACCUAUAGUCCAUAAUGCUGUUAUGGCUUUAAAGGAAGCUAUUGAAAAAGUGGCACAGCCACCAGUUGCUGGAACUCCAUUGGAAAUGGUGGAUAUUUCUUUGCAAGCUUUGACAGCUACUUUAGGUGAAGCGGAAGCGAAACUGGGUGCCAUUAGUGAAGUCACCGGCAUAAAAAAAUCAAUUGAACUAUUAAAAGAGUCCAUAAAAAAGGUAUCACAAGAGGGAAAAGCUUUAAAACAAAGAAUUGACGAGCUGAAGCUCUCUCCGCAGCAAGGAAUUAUGUCUAUGAUCCAAGCAGCUGAAGCUGUUGCUGACCUCAAUGCUUCUUUAGAAAAUAUUUCCGAUGAAGUGUCCAAAGAGACUUUAGAUAAAGAAUUAAAGAUUGCAACAGAACUGAAGGAACCCUUGGAAGAGUUUACUCUUGUCUUAAGACAGAUUUCCAAUGAAUUGACUCAUCCUGAAACUAUGGAGUUAAAAGCACCUGUAGUCCAGAAUGCUGUCAUGGCUUUAAAAGAAGCAAUUGAAAAAGUGGCACAACCACCAAUUGCUGGAACUCGGUUGGAGAUGGUGGAUAUUUCUUUGCAGGCUUUGACAGCUACUUUAGGUGAAUUAGAAUCGGAACUGGACGCAAUAAGUAAAGUAACUAACAUCAAAAAAUCAGUUGAACUGUUAAAAGAGUCCAUGAAAAUAGUAUCACAAGAAGGCAAGGCUUUGAAGCAUAAAAUUGACGAGAUGAAGCUCUCUCCGCAGCAAGCAAUUAUAUCUAUGAUCCAAGCAGCUGAAGCUGUCGCUGAUCUUAAUGCUUCUUUGGAAAGUAUUUCUGAUGAAGUGUCCAACGAGACGUUAGAUGAAGAAAUAAAGAUUACAUCAGAAUUAAAAGAACCUUUGGAAAAGUUUGCUCUUCUCUUAAGACAGAUCUCCAAUGAGUUGACUCAUCCUGAAACUAUAGAGUUGAAAGCACCUGUAGUUCAAAAUGCUGCCAUGGCUUUGAAGGAAGCUGUUGAAAAAGUGGCACAGCCACCAGUUGCUGGGACUUCAUUGGAAUUAGUGGAAAUUUCUUUGCAAACGUUGACAGCAACAUUAAGUCAGGUGGAAUCUGAGCUGAAAAUAAUUAAUGAUGUAGCCGCUGAUGUUUCUGAUAAGAAUAAAGUAGUAACUUUAGAAGAACAAGAAAACAAAGUUCAAGAGUCAACCGAUGUUGCAAAAACCUUGGAAAUAGUUGAAGACUCUAAAGCUGCCAUUAAAGAAAUAUUAUUUCCGGAAACUGCAAAAUCCGAAAAUAUUCAGCCUGUAGUUGCUAAAGCACCCUCAAAAAGCAAGCAUAUACUUGGAGUUGUAGCAGAACUGAGCAAGAAAUUAAACAUUGAAGCCAUCCUAUUAGGGAGUAAAUCGAAAAGCACCGAACAAGAAGCUGUCAACUUGGCUAAAGAUAUUGAAACCAAUAUGGCAACUUUAACUGCUGCCUUGGAAGAAAUGGCCAGUGAUGAGGAAGCAAUUAAAUAUUUCCCAGAUGAGGAACUGAACAGUAUAGCAGCAAUGGUGGAACCUAUGGAAAAAUUUUGCCUGGUCAUGGCUGAGAACACCCAAGCUGUAAAGCCCCAAGUUUCCGACAUCCAGGAGGAUGAAGUACAACAAGCAAUUGUGUCCUUAUCAGAAGUUGUUGAUACGGUCACUAAAUCCUUACCAAAGUACAGCAAUCUAAAGAAGUUGCAUAUGUCUUUAAAUGCUUUUUCAAGAAAUCUUAUCAGUGUUAGAAACUAUUUAUCAAAAUCAGUGGAAACUCUAUUAUCAAAAGUGGCAAAGCCUAUUAAACACCUCCACGCAGAACUAAGCAAUUUAAAACAAGCAACUGACAAUUCAUCUAUUCAAAAGCAGCAAGCAGCUCACUCCCUUAUUGCAAUGGAUAAGCCAGUUGAAUCUCUAAAGCAAACUCUCCAACAGCUUACUGAUAUGUUUGAAAGCGCAUCACAAAUUACAUACCCUGAUAUUGAACAAGUUGAAACAUUGGUAGAACCUUUAAAGAAGCUUUGCUCAGUAGUUGUUGAAACCAAAGAGCAUUUAUUAGCUCCAGAAGUACAACUAUGUGAACCAUCCAAAGUUCAUGAAGCUAUAGAAGCUGUAAAAGAAUCCAUUCAGGUCAUUGUAAAUACUCCUUCUCGCAGUGAGACACUUAAAGUGAUAGAUGCACCCCUUGCUAAUCUGUCAGCUAGUUUUGCAGCAAUUGAAGAAGCUAUUAAAGAGGAGCAACCCUUAAAGAAGCUAUCCAACGUUUUAAAGCAAAACCUGGAGGAUUUGAAGGAGAGUCCUCAAAAUGCCAUACUAACAGAUGCGUGUGCUAAAGUUGUCGGAGUAAGUGUGGAAGAAAUAAACGUUUGCCAGGAGCAGAGUGAAGAAAUUUCUGCGGAAGAGAACGUAAAAAUUCUAGAAAUAAUUCCUGUUCUACAGAAGAUGUCUGGGGUAAUAGUAGAACAAGCUAGAGAACUUGCAAAACCUGAAAAUAAAGAGUUAUUAAAAGCGCAACAAGCAGUUUUGGCAGUAAAAGAAACGAUUACUAAAUCUUCUGCUCCAGUAUCUAACAGUAUGCGCCUAGUAGAGCAGUCACUGAACGCCAUGUGCUCAGCUUUAAGUGAAAUUAUUAGUGAGCCCUUACAGCUAGUAGUUCAAGAGGUGAAUACCUUAAAACAAAGUACUGAAAAUAUACAAGUAAAUCCUGAGCAAGCAGUUUUCUCUGAGGAUCAAGUUAAGUCAUUUAAAGAAGUCAUAAGCGAGAUAAGCCAUACAAUUGAAAAUGCAACCGACAUAACUGAAGUUCAAGAAAUAGCAGAAGUAGUUCCUUCAUUGCAAAAAUUAUCGGUAGUGUUAGUUGAGCAAGCUAAAGGUCCUUCAAAGUCAGAAUUAUCGGAAGUUGAAAAAGACAAUAUUAAACAAGCAAUCCUUGCAGUAAAAGAGUCAGUUGCUAAAGCAAGUGCGUCAGAGUCUAAAGCUUUAUCUGUAGUGGAAGUUGCCUUAAAGUCACUUAAUGCAUCUUUGAGUGAAGGUAUUGCUAAACCAAUUUCAGAACCUCUUCAGCAAGUUGUAAAUGACGUAAAGACAUUGAAGCAAAAUAUUGAAGAAAUAAAAUUGAACCCUCAGCAAGCAGUAUUAUCUGAAGACCAAAUAAGAGUAUUUAAUGAAGCUGUUAAUGAGAUAACUCAUACUUUGGAACAAGCAUCUGAUAUAUCUGAAGUCAAGGAAGUAGUGGAUGUAGUUCCUUCAUUGCAGAAGCUGUCAGCAGUAUUAGUUGAACAAGCUAAAGGCCCUUUAAAAUCAGAAUUAUUGGAAGUUGGAAAAGAUGAUAUAAAACAAGCAGUUCUUGCAGUUAAAGAGUCAGUUACUAAAGCAAAUGCUCCAGAAUCUAAAGCUCUAUCGGUAGUAGAGAUUGCCUUAAAGUCACUUAGUGCAUCUUUGAGUGAAGACGUUAGUAAACCAAUUUCAGAACCUCUUCAGCAAGUUGUAAAUGAGGUACAGACAUUGAAGCAAAAUAUUGAAGAAAUAAAAUUGAAUCGGCAGCAAGCAGUAUUAUCUGAAGACCAACUUAGAGUAUUUAAUAAAGCUGUUAAUGAGAUAACCCAUACUUUGGAACAAGCAUCUGAUAUAUCUGAAGUCAAGGAAGUAGUGGAUGUAGUUCCUUCGUUGCAGAAGUUGUCAGCAGUAUUAGUUGAGCAAGCUAAAGGUCCUUUAAAAUCAGAAUUAUCGGAAGUUGAAAAAGACAAUAUUAAACAAGCAAUCCUUGCAGUAAAAGAGUCAGUUGCUAAAGCAAGUGCUUCAGAGUCUAAAGCUCUAUCUGUAGUGGAAGUUGCCUUAAAGUCACUUAAGGCAUCUUUGAGUGAAGGUAUUGCUAAACCAAUUUCAGAACCUCUUCAGCAAGUUGUAAAUGACGUAAAGACAUUGAAGCAAAAUAUUGAAGAAAUAAAAUUGAACCCUCAGCAAGCAGUAUUAUCUGAAGACCAAAUAAGAGUAUUAAAUGAAGCUGUUAAUGAGAUAACCUAUACUUUGGAACAAGCAUCUGAUAUAUCUGAAGUCAAGGAAGUAGUGGAAAUAGUUCCUUCAUUGCAGAAGCUGUCAGCAGUAUUAGUUGAGCAAGCUAAAGGUCCUUUCAAAUCAGAAUUAGUGGAAGUUGGAGAAGAUGAUAUAAAACAAGCAAUUCUUGCAGUAAAAGAGUCAGUUGCUAAACCAAGUGCUUCAGAGUCUAAAGCUCUAUCUGUAGUGGAAGUUGCCUUAAAGUCACUUAAUGCAUUUUUGAGUGAAGAUAUUGCCAAACCAAUUUCAGAACCUCUUCAGCAAGUUAUAAAUGAGGUAAAAACAUUGAAGCAAAAUAUUGAAGAAAUAAAAUCGAGUCCUCAGAAAGCAGUAUUAUCUGAAGACCAAAUUAGAGUACUUAAUGAAGCUGUUAAUGAGAUAACCCAUAAUUUGGAAGAAGCAUCUAAUAUAUCUGAAGUCAUGGAAGUGGUGGAAGUAGUUCCUUCAUUGCAGAAACUGUUAGCAGUCUUAGUUGAGCAAGCUAAGGGCCCUUUAAAAUCAGAAUUAUUGGAAGUUGGAAAAGAUGAUAUAAAACAAGCAGUUCUUGCAGUUAAAGAGUCAGUUACUAAAGCAAAUGCUCCAGAAUCUAAAGCUCUAUCGGUAGUGGAGAUUGCCCUAAAGUCACUUAGUGCAUCCUUGAGUGAAGACGUUAGUAAACCAAUUUCAGAACCUCUUCAGCAAGUUAUAAAUGAGGUAAGAACAUUGAAGCAAAAUAUUGAAGAAAUAAAAUCGAAUCCUCAGCAAGCAGUAUUAUCUGAAGACCAAAUUAGAGUAUUUAAUGAAGUUGGUAAUGAGAUAACCCAUACCUUGGAACAAGCAUCUGAUAUAUCUGAAGUCAAGGAAGUAGUGGAAAUAGUUCCUUCAUUGCAGAAGCUGUCGGCAGUAUUAGUUGAACAAGCUAAAGGCCCUUUAAAAUCAGAAUUAUUGGAAGUUGGAAAAGAUGAUAUAAAACAAGCAGUUCUUGCAGUUAAAGAGUCAGUUACUAAAGCAAAUGCUCCAGAAUCUAAAGCUCUAUCGGUAGUGGAGAUUGCCUUAGAGUCACUUAGUGCAUCUUUGAGUGAAGACGUUAGUAAACCAAUUUCAGAACCUCUUCAGCAAGUUGUAAAUGAGGUACAGACAUUGAAGCAAAAUAUUGAAGAAAUAAAAUUGAAUCGGCAGCAAGCAGUAUUAUCUGAAGACCAAAUUAGAGUAUUUAAUGAAGCUGUUAAUGAGAUAACCCAUACUUUGGAAGAAGCAUCUGAUAUAUCCGAAGUCAAGGAAGUGGUGGAUGUAGUUCCUUCAUUGCAGAAGCUGUCAGCAGUAUUAGUUGAACAAGCUAAAGGCCCUUUAAAGUUAGAAUUAUUGGAAGUUGAAAAAGAUGAUAUAAAACAAGCAGUUCUUGCAGUUAAAGAGUCAGUUGCUAAAGCAGGUGCUCCAGAAUCUAAAGCUCUAUGUGUAGUGGAGAUUGCCCUAAAGUCACUUAGUGCAUCCUUGAGUGAAGAUGUUAGUAAACCAAUUUCAGAACCUCUUCAGCAAGUUAUAAAUGAGGUAAGAACAUUGAAGCAAAAUAUUGAAGAAAUAAAAUCGAAUCCUCAGCAAGCAGUAUUAUCUGAAGACCAAAUUAGAGUAUUUAAUGAAGUUGUUAAUGAGAUAACCCACACCUUGGAACAAGCAUCUGAUAUAUCUGAAGUCAAGGAAGUAGUGGAAAUAGUUCCUUCAUUGCAGAAGCUGUCGGCAGUUUUAGUUAAGCAAGCUAAAGGUCCUUCAAAGUCAGAAUUAUCGGAAGUUGAAAAAGACAAUAUUAAACAAGCAAUCCUUGCAGUAAAAGAGUCAGUUGCUAAAGCAAGUGCCUCAGAGUCUAAAGCUCUAUCUGUAGUGGAAGUUGCCUUAAAAUCACUUAAUGCAUCUUUGAGUGAAGGUAUUACUAAACCAAUUUCAGAACCUCUUCAGCAAGUUGUAAAUGACGUAAAGACAUUGAAGCAAAAUAUUGAAGAAAUAAAAUUGAACCCUCAGCAAGCAGUAUUAUCUGAAGACCAAAUAAGAGUAUUAAAUGAAGCUGUUAAUGAGAUAACCUAUACUUUGGAACAAGCAUCUGAUAUAUCUGAAGUCAAGCAAGUAGUGGAUGUAGUUCCUUCGUUGCAGAAGCUGUCAGCAGUAUUAGUUGAGCAAGCUAAAAGUCCUUUAAAAUCAGAAUUUUUGGAAGUUGGAAAAGAUGAUAUAAAGCAAGCAGUUCUUGCAGUUAAAGAGUCAGUUGCUAAAGCAAGUGCUGCAGAAUCUAAAGCUCUAUCUAUAGUGGAGGUUGCCCUAGAGUCACUUAGUGCAUCUUUGAGUGAAGAUAUUGCCAAACCAAUUUCAGAACCUCUUCAGCAAGUUGUAAAUGAGGUAAAAAUAAUGAAACAAAAUAUUGAAGAAAUAAAAUCGAAUUCUCAGAAAGCAGUAUUAUCUGAGGACCAAGUUAGAGUAUUUAAUGAAGCUGUUAAUGAGAUAGCCCAUACCUUGGAACAGGCAUCUGACAUAUCUGAUGUGAAAGAAAUAGUAGACGUAGUUCCUUCAUUGCAGAAGCUAUCAGCAGUUUUGGUCGAGCAAACUAAAAGUACUUCAAAACCAGAAUUAAUAGAAGUUGAAAAAGAAAACAUCAGACAAGCAGUUCUUGCAGUUAAAGAGUCAGUUGCUAAUGCCACUAUUCCAGAGUCUAAAACUUUAUCCGUAGUGGAGGUUGUCUUAAAGUCACUUAGUGCAUCUCUGAGUGAAGAUGUUGCUAAACCAAUUUCAGAACCGCUUCAGCAAGUUAUAAAUGAGGUAAAGACAUUAAAACAAAAUAUUGAAGAAUUAAAGUCAAAUCCUCAACGAGCACUAAUAUCAAUUGAAGAACUUGAAGCAUCCAACAAAGCGGUGGCAGCAUCAUUGGUAGAAUUAGAGCAAGUUACAGAAAAGUUAAAAAAUAUCCCUAAAGAAGAAAUACGACACAUAUCAGCUAUUGUACCAGCUUUAGAGAAAUUAUCAAGAGUGAUAGUAGAGCAGCCAAAGACUUCAAAAAUUGAAGAAAAGCAGGUUAAUCCUGAUCUUAGGCAAGCGAUUCAUGCAGUUAAAGAAUUGGUUAUAGAAACUAAAGCUCUUCUACCUGAAUCAAGAGCUCUUGCUCUCGUAGAGGUGCCAUUACAGAAACUUUGUUCGUCUUUAUCUGAAAUUUUAGAAAAACCUUCAGACUCUAUGCAAGAAAUCGUUAAUGAACUUAAUGCUCUUAAACUAAAUAUUGAUCAGCUUAAAGAGAUUCCUCAACAAGCAUUACUAUCAGAGUCCCAAAUAAAUUCUUGUGAAAAAGUCUUAGAUGUUACCUUAGCUGAACUGGUUCAAAGCCCCACGAAGAAAGAACAAGCUGAGAUUUCACAAGUAAUUCAAAAUUUACAUGAGAUAAAUACAUUAGUCAUUAAUCAAAAGGAUAAAUCUGAGGUUAAGAAAGCAAUUCUUGCAACCAAAAAUGAAAUUACCAAAGUAACACUCCCUGAAUCUCAGCCCAUUAAAGUAUCUUUGCAGUCUUUAUGUUCUUCCUUGUGUCAAAUCUUUGAUCAAACCGAACAGCAAGAAUCCACAAUUGAAGCUCUUCUAAAAACUGUUAAACAUUUAAAAGCAGAGCUUCCAAAAUCACGAAAAGCUUUAAUAAGCCAAAUUGAAGCUCCACUAGAUGUACUUCAAUCAGACUUGGAUCAGCUUGUCUUAACUGGAAGGGAAUUUCCUGAAAUCGAAUGUAUAAAGGCUCCAUUGGAGCAAUUAAGCAUUUUAGUUGCUGAAAAUGAGCCUCAAAGAGCUGAUCUGCAAUCAAUAAUUAAUCUCCUAAAGGAGUCAAUACAAUUAUUAAAAUCAAUUCCUUCUGAAAAAUAUGUUUUAAGGGUCCUUGAGCAACCUUUGGAGGCACUUGUUUCAAUUUUAACUGGUGUGGACUCUAUUAAAGCAAUUCAAGAGAGCACACAAACUAUGAAUAUUAAUUGCAAGACAUUAAAAGGUGAAUCACAUGCAAUUAUGCAACGAGUGGUUGAAGCUCUUCGUCCAAUGGAAACUACAAUAGAAGAAAUACCUUUGGGUGAAACAGAAGUAAAUAGUUUAGAAGUAAUAAGGCAUAAACUUGAAGCUGUAUUAGCUACUGAUGAAGCUGAACUGAAACGAGAAGCAGUCGAUUUAAAAGCAACUGCAGAAUAUAUUUUGCAGAACCCACUUAAGUGUGCAAGAGUUUUAGAAGUUGCUCUGCAGAAAAUGGUUGGUCACUUAAUCAAAGUUCAACUUGAGGAAUUACUGGUAGCAGUUCGAAAAGUUGUCGGGGAUACUGAAUUAGUUCCUCAAAGGGGAAAGUUGAGUGUUAUUGAAGAACCUGUUAAAGCCAUUGAGGAAUCCUUAAGAAAAAUGAUAAAUAGUGAGGAAGCUUUAACCAUAUCUAGCCAGGAAGUAGAACACUUAAAGCCACUAAGAGAACCUUUUGAAAAGUUAAGUGCAAUUGUAAUGCAGUUCAAAGAUCCAGUUCAGAGGCCAACUGUUACUCAGGUACAAGAUGCGGGAAGAUGCUUGAAAGCAUUUUUAGAAACCGAACCAUCAAUAUUUGAAAAACCUGUGUCAGAACUAGUGACUUCUUUGAAUCAACUUCAGGCUAAUGAAUCAGUGAUACAACCUUUGCUAGAACAAGUAAAAAACGUUUUAGGUGAUAUUGAAAUCAUUAAGGUUCAGAAUGUUGAAAUAGUUCUUCAGCAAGCCAGCUUACUAAAAAUCGAAGACUCUAUCAAAACUUUUGAUGAUGGGUUGAAGAAGGUUAGUCUUUUAGAUCAUGAGGAUCUCUCUAAGUUGGAAGCUAUUAACGAGCCUUUGAAAAUAUUUAAUUUUGCUUUAACACAGCCCAAAUAUCCAGAUUCAAGUUAUGAGCAAGUACUUCGACUGAAGAAAGCUAUCACAUGCUUAAAAGAGCCUUUGGCCGACAUCUUGCAGUCUCAUUCUAACAGUUUUAAGAUUCUAGAAGCACCACUCAAAAGCCUCAUGGUUACUUUGGAUAAUAUUCAAAAAGAAACUCCAAGUCAGGGUGAAAUCCUUUUGUCAACCAUCGAGAAAGUCUUAACUAGUAUUCAGGCUCUUAAGCAACAAACAAGUGAUAUUCGUCCACAAGUAGCUAGAUUGCUGAAAUGCGAGGAUUCUGUUAAAGAAUUUGCAAAAGAAGUACAAAAUUUUGAAGAAACUUCACAGAAAGAAGCUCAACGCUUAUCAGAAACUAGUGAAACUCUAGAGAGACUUAACGUUGUUAUAGAAGAGGCAAAAAGUUCACUAAUAUCAGAGAUAGAGCUAAACAAAGAAGUUUCAAUGCUUCAAGAGAGGUUUAAGCAAAUAGUUUUUAGUUCAAUUGGAGAUGAGUCAGCGAAACUUUUAGACCAACCAUUGCAAAAGUUGGUGGCUUCCUUGACUUACGUGGAACCACCAAAAGAACUCUCUGAAAGUGACAAGAAAUAUAGUGAACUUGUGAAAAACUUAAGAAUGCCUAUUGGACAAAUGCAAGAAGAAGCAAAUAUUAUCAUUUCCAAAGCUGAUUUAUUACCUCAGAGCUUAGCAAACAUCAACAAUUUAAAUGCUCCACUGCAGCAACUGUUUCAAGCUCUAGACUUUGUCGAGAAACAAAGCAAAAAGAGUGUAAAUGAAUCAAUAACUGACGAGGUAUAUGAAACUUUAAGCAACCUCAUCCCUUCUCUAGAAAAUCUGCUAAUUGAAGCUGUCAAAAUGAACUCACUGCUGGACAAACCAGAACGUAAAUUUGAUCUUAAACAAUUGCAUAAAUGCUUUAAGAACUUGGAAACUUGCUUGGAGCAAGUUCUUCUACUGCCAAUCGAGACGAAACUACUGGAAACCCUUUUGAUACCCCUGCAAGACUUUUGUGCGGUUAUUUCUAAAAUUGAACAAUCACUAAGUGAUGCUAUCUCAGAAGAAGCUUUGCAAACACUUGAACAAACGUUAACUCCUUUCACUGUUGCAAAGAAUGGCGUUAAGAAACUUAGUGAAGAAAAUGUUAAACCUGGAACUGUUGCUGCUGCCAUUAUUAAGCUUCAAGAACCACUGCAACAAACAAUUGAAUGCUUAAAAUCAGCUGGAAACACUGAUGAUGGCAAUAAGGCUGAACUGGUUAGCAUGCUUUGUAAGGAAAGCACAGAACCUUUGAGAAACUUUACCAAGAUUUUGCAACCUGUGACAAAUAGCUUGAUUACUCCUGAAAUAAUUGCGGUAGAAAUGUCUAAUAUUUUUGAAAAUUUAAAAUCGUUGAUUGGGUUUAUAGAUAGGACGUUAUUUGAAGCCAAAUAUGCCCCCUUACAACUUGAAGAGGCUUUAAAUAGUUUAAAAGCAAACACCUUGGAGGUAGUAAAAGAACUUAACAAACAAAGAAAUGAUUACAGAGCUUUAGCCAACUUGGAGCGGUCUCUUAAAAGUUAUCAGCAUAGCAUUAGCAACAUAAAAACUGGAGAAGGAUCCUUAGGGCAAUUUUCUACUCUAGCUGAUUCGAUAGCGAUGCUUUUAGAUAACUUGCAGCUUGCUAAUGAUAUUGCUGAAAACACAACUGAUUUUAAUAUAGAAUAUGCUGAAACUGUCCACUGCCUUGGAGAUAAACUUACCAGUUUCGCUUUGUACUUAAGUGAUGUCGUAAAAACUCCCCAGUUAGUCAACGAGAUUGAAAUGGUUGAGAUGCUUAAAGAUCUUAAGCAGCAAAUUGGUAAAAUCAACAGUGCAGUUAUCCUGAAUGAAAAAAUGGAAAUUCUUAGUCAGUCUCUUGGUUUCUUUGGUGAUGCUACCGAAGUGAUACAAGCAUCUUUAUUUAAAAUCGCAGUUCAAAAAAGAAAUGAUUUUAAAUUCUCCAAAUCUUUAGAAACACAUUUGAAAGACUUAAACUUGAAGAUAUUUAGAGAUACUUUUAUUCACAGUGUUUCUAAGCCUCUAACAUCACUUGCAGAUAAACUUUCACUAUUGCGAAAGAACUUGCUGAAGUGCAAAGACCAAUUACCAGCUGAUACCGCACAGCCCACUGAAUUAACUUUGGAAAAAGAGCUGGAUUCCUUCUCAGAAAUCGUUAAAAACAUCAAAGCUGAGUCUGAUAUUAUUCCUCGCAAAGGAACAUUAAAAGAAGGCCUAAAAAGAUUAGAUACUCAAAUUGCUGAUACUGUAAUAUUUAUUCAAACCUCCCCGAGUCUAUCCAAUGCAACCGAAGAACUUGUUAUCCUAAAAGAAUGCUUAAAACAUCUUACUAAAGAUAUAGAUGAACUGGAAGAAGGGACACAAGAAAUGUUAAUACUAGAAGGUGAUAUUGAAGAAGAAAAGGAUGAUAAGGGAGUCGAUUUGAUUCUGGAAGCACAAAGAGGUGAAGCAGCUGAAAAUAAUAAACAGAAGGAAGAAACUGACAUGAAGGUAGAAGAAGAGGCUAAAGCAAAACUUGAGAAAGAAGUCACGGAGGUAAAGAUGGAAGGACAGCAAGAAGCAGCAGCAAGACUUAAAGAAGAUAUGAAAAGCGAAAAAAUGGGUCAAGAAAAAACGCUGGACGAAAAGGAAGUGAAAUCAGAGAAAGAACAGGAUAAGAAACAAAAAGAGGCUGAUACAACAGAACAGGUCGAGGCGAAGAAAGAAAAGGAAGAGGCUGGGAUAAAAGUAGAGAAAAUACAGGACGUUGCAGAAGGUAAAGCCAGUAGAGAACAGGAGGACGCUGAGGAAAAAGCUACGAAAGAAAACGAAGAGGCUGAAACAAAAGUAAAAAAAGGCGACAAGGUUAAAACCAAAAAGAAAAAGGGCGAAGUAAAUACAAAGAAAGAAAAGGAAGAAAUAGCGGAAACAGUAAAGAAUAAAGAAGAUGCGGAUACCAAAAACAAGAAAGAAAAGGGGGAUGCUAAAGAUAGAGCGAAGACAGAAAAGGAUCAAGCUGAGAUGAAAAUGCAGAAAGAAAAAGAGGAAGCUGAGGCAAAAGCAAAGACUAAAAAGGAAGUGGCUGAGGAAAAGGAAGAGAGACAAGCUGAGGCAAAAUCCAAGAAAGAAGAGGACGAAGCUAAGUCAAAAGCUAAGAAGGAAAAAGAAGAUGCCGAGUUAAUAGUAAAAAAAGAAAUGGAAGAAGCUGAAGCAAAAGAAAAGAGAGAAAUGGAAGAAGCUGAGGCAAAGAUCAAAAAAGAAAAGGAAGAGACUGAAGCAAAAGCAAAGCAAGAAAUGGAAGAAGCUAAGGCAAAGGCCAAAAAAGAAAAAGAUGAGGCUGAUGCAAAAGCAAAGAAAGAAAAGGAAGAAGCUGAAGCCAAAGCUAAGAAAGAAAAAGAACUAGCAGAAGCUAAAGCUGAAAUAGAAAAGAAUGAGGCUGAUGCAAAAGCAAAGAAAGAAAGGGAAGAUGCUGAAGCCAAAGCUAAGGAAGAAAAAGAACUAGCAGAAGCUAAAGCUGAAAUAGAAAAGAAAGAAAAGGAAAAAGCUGAAGUCAAAGCUAUGAAAGAAAAAGAACUAGCAGAAGCUAAAGCUGAAAAAGAAAAGAAAGAGGCGGAUGCAAAGGCAAAGAAAGAAAAGGAAGAGGCUGAAGUCAAAGCUAAGAAAGAAAAGGAACUAGCAGAAGCUGAAGCUGAAAAAGAAAAGAAAGAGGCGGAUGCAAAGGCAAAGAAAGAAAAGGAAGAGGCUGAAGUCAAAGCUAAGAAAGAAAAGGAAGAAGCUGAAGCCAAAACUGAGAAAGAAAAAGAACUAGCAGAAGCUAAAGCUGAAAAAGAAAAGAAAGAGGCUGAUGCAAAAGCAAAGAAAGAAAAGGAAGAAGCUGAAGCCAAAGCUAAGAAAGAAAAAGAACUAGCAGAAGCUAAAGCUAAAAAAGAAAAGAAAGAGGCGGAUGCAAAGGCAAAGAAAGAAAAGGAAGAGGCUGAAGUCAAAGCUAAGAAAGAAAAGGAACUAGCAGAAGCUAAAGCUGAAAAAGAAAAGAAAGAGGCUGAUGCAAAAGCAAAGAAAGAAAAGGAAGAAGCUGAAGCCAAAGCUAAGAGAAAAAAAGAACUAGCAGAAGCUAAAGCUGAAAUAGAAAAGAAUGAGGCUGAUGCAAAAGCAAAGAAAGAAAGGGAAGAUGCUGAAGCCAAAGCUAAGGAAGAAAAAGAACUAGCAGAAGCUAAAGCUGAAAUAGAAAAGAAAGAAAAGGAAGAAGCUGAAGUCAAAGCUAUGAAAGAAAAAGAACUAGCAGAAGCUAAAGCUGAAAAAGAAAAGAAAGAGGCGGAUGCAAAAGCAAAGAAAGAAAAGGAAGAGGCUGAAGUCAAAGCUAAGAAAGAAAAAGAACUAGCAGAAGCUAAAGCUGAAAAAGAAAAGAAAGAGGCGGAUGCAAAAGCAGAGAAAGAAAAGGAAGAAGCUGAAGCCAAAGCUAAGAAAGAAAAAGAACUAGCAGAAGCUAAAGCUGAAAAAGAAAAGAAAGAGGCCGAUGUAAGGGCAAAGAAAGAAAAGGAAGAGGCUGAUGCAAAAGCAAAGAAAGAAAAGGAAGAAGCUGAAGCCAAAGCUAAGAAAGAAAAAGAACUAGCAGAAGCUAAAGCUGAAAAAGAAACGAAAGAGGCGGAUGCAAAGGCAAAGAAAGAAAAGGAAGAGGCUGAAGUCAAAGCUAAGAAAGAAAAGGAAGAAGCUGAAGCCAAAACUAAGAAAGAAAAAGAACUAGCAGAAGCUAAAGCUGAAAAAGAAAAGAAAGAGGCCGAUGUAAAGGCAAAGAAAGAAAAGAAAGAGGCUGAUGCAAAAGCAAAGAAAGAAAAGGAAGAAGCUGAAGCCAAAGCUAAGAAAGAAAAAGAACUAGCAGAAGCUAAAGCUGAAAAAGAAAAGAAAGAGGCGGAUGCAAAGGCAAAGAAAGAAAAGGAAGAGGCUGAAGUCAAAGCUAAGAAAGAAAAGGAACUAGCAGAAGCUGAAGCUGAAAAAGAAAAGAAAGAGGCGGAUGCAAAGGCAAAGAAAGAAAAGGAAGAGGCUGAAGUCAAAGCUAAGAAAGAAAAAGAACUAGCAGAAGCUAAAGCUGAAAAAGAAAAGAAAGAGGCGGAUGAAAAGACAAAGAAAGAAAAGGAAGCUGCUGAAGUCAAAGCUAAGAAAGAAAAAGAACUAGCAGAAGCUAAAGCUGAAAUAGAAAAGAAAGAGGCGGAUGCAAAGGCAAAGAAAGAAAAGGAAGAGGCUGAUGCAAAAGCAAAGAAAGAAAGGGAAGAAGCUAAAGCUGAAAUAGAAAAGAAAGAGGCGGAUGCAAAGGCGAAGAAAGAAAGGGAAGAAGCUAAAGCCAAAGCUAAGAAAGAAAAAGAACUAGAAGAAGCUAAAGCUGAAAAGGAAAAGAAAGAGGCGGAUGCAAAGGCAAAGAAAGUAAAGGAAGAGGCUGAAGCAAAAGCAAAGCAAGAAAAGGAAGAAGCUGAGGCAAAGGCCAAAAAAGAAAAGGAAGAGGCUGAUGCAAAAAUAAAGAAAGAGCAGAAAGAAGCUGAAACAAAAGCAAGAAAAGAAAAGAUAGAAGCUGAAACAAAGGCCAAAAGGAAAAAGGAAGAGGCUGAGGCAAAAUCAAAGAAACAAAAUGAAGAAGAUGAAACUAAAGCAAAGAAAGAAAAAGAACUAGGAGAAGCUAAAACUAAGAAGCAAAAGAAGGAGGCUGAUGAGAAAGAAAAGGAAGAGGCUGAUGCAAAAGCAAAACAAGAACCGGAAAAAACGGUGGUAAAAUCAAAAACUAAGAAGGAAAUAGAAAAAUUGCAAGAAAAAUCUAAAAUGGAAAAGCCGGAGAUUGACACUGAAGUUAAAAAGGGAAUUAAAAGAGCUAAAAAACAAAAAACUCCAGAUUCGGAAGCCACAAAAGAAAGUAUUUCUAAAACUGAAUCUGAAACAAAAGUUUCCGAAUACAAGGCAGAAAUCGAAGUGGAUACCAAUCUGUACUCCACUGAUCGCCAAAGGAAUUUAGACACAUUCAAGGGUAAAGACUCUUUUGACGUAGAGGAAGAUUUAUACAAACCCACAAGCUAUCACGGUCCUAGACACAUGGGUAAAAAACCAAUUUUCACCACUUCUUUACACGAUCUCACUUGCACAUCAAACACAAGAGUUAAGUUGACUUGCAGCGUCAUAAGUGAAGGCGAAAUGGUCUUGGCCUGGCUCAGAAAUAGAGAGAACCUUGAACGAGAUCCAAACUAUUACCAAAGUUUCGAAAAUAAUGUGGCAACUCUGGAAAUUCUUAACGCCAAGACCAGUGAUAUUGGAGAAUAUACAUGCGUGGCUAGGAAUGAACAUGGAUCUAGUUCCACCUCAGCAAAACUUACCGUUAAGGAUUCAUUUGAGCCCACACCCAUUACUCCAACCUUUACCAGAGGGAUAAAGGAACAGUUUAAAUUAUCCAGUAAUGAAGCUAUUCUGGAAUGUCGUAUAAGGUCUCAUAUGGAACCAACAUUGACUUGGUACAAGGAGGACAAAGAACUGAGGGGAUCAAAAUUCUCCAACGCGUAUCUGGCGGAUGGCAUCUCACGGUUAACUAUCUCCAAUCCAGACCAAAGUGAUAAUGGCAGAUACACUUGCAAAGCCGAAUGUGGAGACUGGUUCGAUCAAGUCUCUUAUGACUUUAACUUUAGCAGCAAAGAAGACCACUUAAGAAGAAGAACAACUGAGAGGAAAGACGCUUCUAGUGCAAAGACUUCCAAGCUUUCUUCUUUAGCAUCAGCAUCUCCAACUACGCGACCAUAUUUCUCCGGAAUAUUAACAGAUACGUUUGUGCCUCAUGGAGGAGUGAUGGCUUUGCAGGUUGAGGUGAGAGGAUCACCAGCAGAAGUCUCCUGGUACAAAGGGAGCCAGUGCUUAUCAAAAUCCUCCCCCAGACAUCAGACAUUUAUAGAGCGUGGCGUUCACACUCUGGUAAUUCCAAAUAUUAAUGAAUAUGAGGCUGGAAAGUACGUUUGCAGGGCAGCAAAUGCUUAUGGAAGAAUCGAGACGACUUCCUAUGUUCAUGUUGUGCAUCCCUCACAUGUAAGAGAAGGAAAACCUGCGAUGUUCCUGUCCAGGCCUGAUAAGUACUUGAGAGUGACUGAUGGUGAAGAUAUUACCGUGUCUUUUAGGGCGACUGGUGAUCCCAAACCUAAAAUUACUUGGAUGAAAGGUCUCACGGACAUCACCGAUAGUUUGAGAUCAAUGAAAUGGACCUCAGAUGACUACGUACGUUUAACCUUGAAGAGAGCUACGUUAGACGAUGCUGGAACCUACUGUAUAAUGGCCAGGAAUAAGAUUGGGUGUGAUAGGGCGUUCUUCACUGUGAGGUUGAGGGAGAGGGCGAGGUCUUUGACACCAAAUAGAGAUCCAGUGCAGAGUAUUUUGGAUGAUAUUCCUUCCUACAGGGAAAGACUUUAUAGAAAAGAUGUUCCAAGUGCCAUACCAUCAGCACCCACAAUCAAAGACUCAGGACGCAACUGGGUGUCCUUAUCUUGGCAAAAACCAGAUCAAACCAGUAUCGCUCCAGUCUUGGCUUAUCGGGUGGAUGUAUGGCAUAAGGGUAGUGAUGGUGGAGCCCAAUGGGUUACCUUGGGAAUGAGUUCUUUGACCAGCUUUGAUGCCUUUAGCCUGACACCAGGUGGAGAAUACCAGUUUAGGGUAACACCAAGGAAUAGAUACGGUUGGGGUGAAAGCGUCGUAAGCUCCUCCUUUGUGCUAGGAAAACCAGCGCAGAUGCCUGAAUUUACGAAAAUUCUCCCUGGACAAAUGAAGGUGCUAGUGGGCUCUGAUAUUACUUUGGAGUGUGAGAUCAGUGGAGAACCUUGUCCAGAAAUCCGCUGGCUCAAAGACUCCUUAGAGAUCUUUCCGGAAGAAAACGACAGAUACACCAGCAGUACCAUAGGCAACAUUUGCUCUUUAACUAUCAGCAAUGUUCAAGAAGUAGAUGCGGGUAGGUUCAUGUGUGAGGCAGUCAACAAAGCUGGUAGAGUCUCCACGUUCGCCAGAUUAUGCGUCAUUAGAGACUCCAAAGUUCUUUUAGCUGAUAGAAACUUAAAACUGUUUCUUAAAGAUCUGGAGAGCAACAAGGAGAUGCCGCCUCACUUUACCAUGAGACUGAGAGAUCGACGAGUACAAAUGACUUAUCCAGUAAGACUUACUUGUCAAACGGCCGGAUAUCCAGAACCGGAAAUCAAAUGGUUCAAAGAUGGCGAAGAAUUGAAGAAUAGUGAUCGCCUCUCUCAAUCAACAGAAGACUCAUUCCACACCCUGGAAAUCGACAAAACCACCCUAGAAGACUCUGGAAUCUAUUCGAUUUCUGCUACGAACAAAUUCGGAUCAGUAACUUGCAAGUGCCAUCUGAUGGUCGAUAAGGGCAUCAAAGGCUACAUCACUCCUCACUUCAGUAGCGGCCUAGAGCCGUCACAUUGUGACGUGAGGGAAGGUGAAGAGUUGAGGUUAUCUGCGAGGGUGGAGGCUUACCCUAGCGUUGGGGUGAUGUGGUAUAAAGAUGGGACUCGUCUUAGGCCAUCGAGACGAACUGUUAUGACACUUUCAUAUGACGGGCGAGUGGAGCUAGCUAUUGGUCAGGUAUCUGUCAAGGAUGAAGGAGUUUACAGUUGUGUGGCUACAAAUGUCUUGGGGCGAAGUGAAACUUCUGCUAACGUUGAUGUUGUUGCAAAGGGUGGUCGUAAAGAUGAUGAAGGAGCUACUCCAUAUGCUAAGGAACCUAAAUUCUUGAAGAAACCACUGAAUACCGAAGCGUUGGAAGGUGAUAAUGUCACAAUCCUGUGCGAAGUCAUAGGAGAUCCUAAGCCCGAAGUGGUUUGGCUUCGUGAUUUUCUUAAGCCCGAUUAUUAUAAAGAUGCUGCCCAUUUUCAUCGCGUGGGAUCUGGUCCAGAAUACCGGAUGGAAAUCCCCAAUGUAAAACUGGAUUAUACCGGUACCUAUACAGUUUAUGCGAAAAAUUGCCAUGGAGAUGCCAAAGCUAUUAUAUCUUUGCAAAUCAAAGUGAAAGAUACAACAAAUAUGGACAAAAAUCAAAAUAAAGUGAGUGAUAUCCAGAAAAUACCAAGGGUUUUAGAAGAUCUUAAAGAUCUAAGGUGUUGUGAUGGAGACUCCAUAACACUGGAAUGCAGCUUUGAACCCAAUAAACCUGACUUGGAUAUUAGAUGGGAAAAAGAUGGAAAAAUUCUAAAAAGUGGCAAAGAUUUCUCAACAGAAUUCAACGGAGAACGUGCCAAGCUAAUCAUAUCGGAAGUAUAUCCUGAAGAUGAGGGAGAAUAUUCUUGCAUAGCGUUCAAUAGCUUGGGCAAAGCGGUUACUUCAGCAUGCUUAAUUGUUGAUUUGCCGGAAGAAAAAGAAAGCUUACUGAACGCCCAGCUUAAAAGACCACCAAGUCUGUUUUCUGGAGGCUCUACUCCGGUAUCUACUCCUAGAACCACACCUAAUAGACUUACACCUAAUAGAAGCUUAUCACCUAGAAGACGUGAGCCAGUUUCUUUGGAAACUAGGCGUAGGCACGUAAGGGCCGCAGCUCCCAAGUUCUAUGCUUUUCCUCAUAAUAGAGUGGCAGAAGAAGGAGAAACUAUUAAGUUCCAAUGUGCAAUAGCAGGCCAUCCAGAUCCUUGGGUAAAAUGGUAUAAAAACAACGAAGAAAUCGUUCCAUCAAGCAGACUCAGUAUCGUUGAAAAAGAAGACCUUAGGUCAUUGGAGAUUAAAGAUGUUACUACUGCUGACUCUGCCAUCUAUAAGGUGGUGCUGGAAAAUGACGUAGGUAGAGUAGAGGCCUCAGCAAGACUGGAUGUAAUAGCACACAGAACCCAUAGCACUUCAGGCAUAAGAGCCAGAAGCCUAUCCCCUAAACCAGCCAGUAACGGUUACUUAAAAAGUAAUAUUUUAAGUGCCUCAGCCAGAUACGGUUCCAGAGCCAGACUGUUUUGUGACAUCAAAGCGGUACCAACCCCAUAUUUAAAAUGGUAUAAAGAUGGAGUUCCACUAGAAGACUCCAUCAAAUACUUUUCAUCAUAUGAUGGGCAAGUGGCUUCUCUUGAAAUCGAAGAAGUCAACUUUGACGAUGAAGGAGUUUACACUUGCGUUGCAGAAAAUGUUAAUGGAAAAGGAGAAACUUCUAUGCAACUCACUGUACUAAAAUGCCCUAAAAUUAUUAAGCAUUUGCCCAAGACGUUGACUUCUGGAGAGGGUGCGCCAAUUAUUUUGGAAGUUCGAGUUGAUGGUGCUGAUCCUUUAGAUAUUGUCUGGAUGAAGGAUGGAUGCGUUUUACCUCAAUGCAAGGAGUUUGAGCAGGAGUUUGAUGCGGGUCAAAAAGUGGCCAAAUUGGUCAUUAGAGAUCCUUAUAAAGAGGAUUCUGGGAGGUAUACUUGUGAGGUGUAUAACAUGUUUGGCGAGGAGAAUAGCAGAUGUAAUCUAACAGUUGCAGAUAAGUCCUUUCGUCCUUACAUGGACUUUGUUAAAGAUCCGUCCUCACUAAUCGCCGUCAAGGGAGGGAUUGCUUCUUUUUGUGCUAAAGUGGCACAUAAUGUCCCGGUACAACUUUUCUGGGAAGUUAAUGGACAAAUGGUGAAAUCUUCUGAAAAAUUUAAGAUAGAAGAAGAAGAUGGGACUGGCACUUCGACUGGUACUUCGGAGGACGACGUCAUCAUCAUCAGCACCACCACCACCACCACGAGCAUUCUUCACAUCUUCGAUACCUGCAGUACCGUUUCGGUCCGUUGCAGGGCUCAGUCUCGAGACGCUUUCGUCGCCGUCGCACGUUGUUCUAGUGGUACCGCACGUCUGGUAGUCGUCGAUCGAGAGCUGGUGAACGCCGCCGUGGUGUCCAUGGGCUUUGGGGUUCAUCGAAACCCUCGUGACGAAGUCCAAAAGGUACCAAGUGGUGACGAGUCGGUCGAGUGUCUUGAGCAAUUGUUGUCGUACGGGGAGGAUAUCGCCCCCGGGGGAUUUAGUGUGCACCAGGAACCCCAGUGCACUACCCUUAAAAACCUAAAAGCACCCAAACUACUCGCUCUAAAACAUCACUACCCGGUGAUGUCCGCUACCAUCUACCACAAUUCGCAUGACUCGGUCGAUUUCGUGCACCCCAUGGAUGAGAAAGUGGAAGCGAAAGACUUUGGAAGCGGUGCGAGGGUUGUAAAGGUGGAGGAGGCGGCCCGAUUGAUCAGGGGACCUCAGGAUACCACCGCUUUGGUAGGCGACAGAGUACUUUUGAAAGCGACUUAUGUGGGUACGCCGGAACCAUUGGUUAGGUGGACCAGAGCGGGCAAAGAACUGAAAAACGAUGAACGCACAAGCAUCACAUCUGGAGAUGGAGUUUCCUGUUUGCUGCUGCAAAACAUCACCACAGAUGAUAGCGGAAAAUAUGACGUCACAGUUGAAAACGACUAUGGGGGCGAUGGCCAGUUUGCCUCGGUAUCUGUUGAAGGUCCACCAGAUCCUCCAAGCGGUACGCCGACCAUUACAACCUACACGGACACAGUAACAGUGGCGUGGAGUAGUUCUCCUUAUGACGGGGGUAAAAAGGUACUCGGAUACGCGGUGGAGUACUCCAUGUUCGGCAGCGACAUCUGGUCUACUGUGGUGGAUGAUUGCAUUUACCUGAGCCAUGUUAUUGUAGGGUUACAACCUGGUGGACGGUACGUCUUCAGGGUGAGAGCUUUUAAUGUGCACGGGCUCAGUAGGCCUAGUGUGGAAUCGGAUAUUGUCCAGUUGGAGGAGCAUAACGAAUCUUCAUCGUUCGAGCACCGCCUGGUCGUUCCAGAACCUGGACCAGAAUUCAAAUCGCGCUACGAAGUCCAAGAAGAACUGGGCAAAGGCCGUUUCGGUGUGGUACAUAAAGUGAUCGAUAAAUCCACGAAUCAAAAAUUAGCCGCCAAGUUUAUUAAGUGUAGAACCCAAAAAGACAAAGAUAAAGUACAAGACGAAAUAGACAUUAUGAAUCUCCUUAGGCACCAAAAGCUUCUUCAACUGGCCGCGGCCUUUGAGCAUCCAAAAGAGAUGGUCAUGGUCAUGGAAUAUAUUUCUGGGGGUGAACUAUUUGAGAGGGUGGUGGCAGAUGAUUUUACCCUUACAGAAAAAGACUGUAUCCUCUUUAUGAGGCAAAUUUGUGAAGGGGUGGCCUACAUGCACUCACAGAACAUCGUCCAUUUAGACUUAAAACCUGAGAAUAUUAUGUGCCACACCAGGACGUCACACGAAAUUAAAAUUAUUGACUUUGGGCUGGCUCAGAAAAUCCAUCCAGAUGUCCCGGUACGAGUUUUAUUUGGUACUCCAGAGUUUAUCCCUCCAGAAAUAAUCAAUUAUGAGCCGAUUGGUGUGCAAUCAGACAUGUGGUCUUUAGGAGUAAUUUGUUAUGUACUACUUUCUGGGCUUUCUCCUUUUAUGGGCGAUACGGAUUCGGAAACUUUUGCAAAUAUCACUAGGGCCGACUACGAUUUUGAAGAUGAGGCUUUUAAUACAGUUUCUCAAGACGCCAGGGAUUUUAUCAGUGCACUUUUAGUGAAAAGAAAAGAGGACAGAAUACCAGCAGAUCAAUGUCUGAGGCACGUCUGGUUGGAUCCAGAUAAUCAUCAGGAAACGGUCGUUUUGUCCACGGAUAAGUUGAAAAAGUUCAUUAUUAGGCGAAAGUGGCAGAAAACUGGAAACGCCAUACGCGCCCUGGGCAGAAUGGCAACACUAUCCGCGAGCAGACGAAACAGCGCCAAUUCCAACCCCACCACUCCAAGAACAUCCAUCUCUGGCACCCUUAUGCCCCGAAUGGGUAGCGUAGAUGAGGACAAACUGAUCAGAAAAGUCGAGAGCGUGAACAUCAGCAGGAUCAUCACCGACUCAUUUGACGAGAGUGACGAGCAACGCCAAAAAGAAACCGUAUGUGAAGAAGAAGAGAAACAGUCGGAAACAUCCAAUUCUGUAGAUCCGGACACGACAGACGACAUCCUCACUCAACUUCCACGGAGCGAAAGCAGAACCAAAAAAGAAGUGAGAACGCGCGCUUGUAGCGAGAGAAGCGAUAGCGGUAUUAGCGAUUGUUCGACGCAGACUCACAUGACUUCCAAUAGUUGUAACUCGACUCCUUUAUUGGGUAAAAAGUUUCCGAUUAACGAGGAGGGAGAGUACAAGGAGGCGCAUCACUACGUCUCAUCUACGACGAUAAAUCUGAGACCGUUCCGGGAUAAUUUUAGGGGGAGUAGUGAGGAGAGCGACGUGAGUAAGGGAAGCACGGAGUCGGAUCUCAGUACUGGUGGAGGAGGCAAGAAGAUCUCUGGGAGGCUCGAGAGUAAGAUUGAGAGCUUUAAUGCGAAUGUUGCUACUGUUAAGAACAAACCGCCCCAACCGUCAGAGAGCCUAAAACGUCUACCAAUCUACUCCUCACGCACUGUACAGGAGGUGAUAAAGAAAUUCGACAGCCAACGAACAGAGCCAGAAAAAAUUACAUCUCCGAUUAUUCUCCUGACAAAUUCUCCGGACCUCAUUCGGAAAACCUACCAAUCCUCCCCUGUACAGUCCAAAAACCUAAAAAAUGGAAAAACUCCAGACUCUCCCAAAAUCACCAUUGAAAAAACCUCACCAACCACCAGAGUAUCCAAAAUAGAUCGACUCGUACAAAAACUGGAAAAAUCCGAUCAGGUCGAUGACAAACUGUUCGUUACAGCCACUCCUACAGUAAGGUACAGAAGUCCAUCUCCAAGCCUACUAAGAAAAACCCAAGCAGUUAUAAAUAAGGAAAAAUGUAAUAUGCAGAUACACAGAGUGAAGCCGAAUUUAGACCAUAAAAAUGGAGACCAUUUAAGAUCACCCAAACCCAGACUAAGAGGUAACAAUGAGGGUUUCCAGAAAGUCGCAGCUUUCUGGAAUAGUCCUAAAACUUAAUAAAUACGACUUGUUAACUUUUUAACCUCAAAAAGACUAAAUUAUUGUAGCUUAUAGACCUAAUACAUCAUCCCAGUUACUAUAUUAUGAUUUGUUGUGAAUAUUAUUUGUUGUAUAUUACCUGAAAAUAUCCUUAUUAUUUUUGUGUUACCUUUGAUUGUAUUUUAUUAAAUUAUUAUUAUAUGUAAAAAUAAUUAUAAAUGUAUACAUGAUAUGUAUCCUUUUAAGCCUAUCCUGUGAGCAUAAAUAUUUAUGUGGUUAUUUAGAAUUGAUAAUAAAAUAUUAUUUUAUUAA